CAUAACCUUAAACUGAAAGCUGCGAAAAGUAACGAAACAAGCGUCCAGCGAAUUAAUGCAAAAAGUUUCUUGAUAAAAUAUAAUAAUUUGAGCAGAAAGUUAUACUCCAGCAAAUAUUGAACGGCUCGAAAAAGUAAUCACCAAUGGAACGCAAACCGGAGACGCAGGUUCAGAACGCCCCCAGCGAUAUAAUUUCGUCGGUAAAAUUUUCCCCCAAUACCAACCAGUUCCUGCUGGUAUCGAGCUGGGACUCCAGCGUUCGGCUUUACGAUGUUGUAAACAAUACGCUGAGACAGAAGUACUACCACGAUGCACCGGUGUUGGAUUGCGCUUUUCACGAUUCCGUCCGAACGGUCAGCGCUGGACUAGACAAUCUCGUCAAAUUGUAUGAUCUGAACACACACGCCGAAAGUAUUCUCGGGAGUCACGACGCCGGUGUCAAGUGUGUGGAGUAUUCGUCUAAAGUGAAUGGAAUUCUGACCGGGAGCUGGGAUAAAACCAUCAAGAUGUGGGACAUUCGCGACAAAGACUGCGUCGGAAAGUACGAACAAAGUAAUGGAAAAGUUUACUCGAUGAGCUGUAUCGACGAAAAGCUAGUGGUGGCGACCUCGGAGCGAAAGGUACUGGUGUGGGAUCUGCGCAACAUGGGACAGUAUUUGACGAGGCGGGAAUCGUCAUUGAAAUUUCAAACACGAGCAAUUCGAUGCUUCCCGAAUAAGGAAGGAUACGUGAUGAGUUCCAUUGAGGGUCGCGUAGCCGUCGAGUAUUUUGAUAUGGAUCCGGAGGUACAGAAGAAGAAAUUUGCAUUUAAAUGUCACCGUUCGAAGGAAAAUAACAUGGAGUUAAUCUACCCGGUGAAUGCGAUCAGCUUCCAUAACGUUUUCAACACAUUCGCGACCGGCGGAUCGGACGGGUACGUCAACAUUUGGGAUGGUUUCAACAAGAAGCGGCUGUGUCAGUUCCAUUUGUACGAUAGUUCGAUAUCUUCGCUGGCGUUUAGCUACGAUGGUAGUACGCUUGCCAUUGCGUGUUCCUAUUUGGACGAGGCUGAAGUUCCUCCUGAACCGCUGCCGGAGCCGACGCUGUACGUUCGGUAUGUGAGUGAGGCGGAGACGAAGCCGAAGUGAGCAGUUUCUUUUUGUAACAAGUAAGCUUUUAGGGUUAGUUUGGAAUAUUACUCUAUGAGAUUCGUCUUCUUCAAUAAUAGUAAUUAAUGGUAAUUUUAGAA